AUGAUCGAGUCCGCGCAAAGGUUACGCGCCGUGUUGUUACCGCGUAACAUUCAUCGCGCCAUCUCGUCGAUCUACAACGCCAAGCGCGUUCCGCGGCUGUCGGGGGUCUUUCUGAUCGCACUCGUUUCCUUAGUUUCCUUAAUCUCCUUCUCGCUCUGGCAAUCCAAGUGCUGCCGCUGCCUACAUGGCAGCCGAGAGCAAAACCGCAGGAGAGGAAUCAGCAUCAGCGACAGCAGCGGCGGCGGGAGCAGCAGCAGCGACGGCGGCAGGGUUGGGUCCGAUGGCUCAGGAGACAUAGUUAUCAGUAGCAACGUCGCGUCGGGUCGCGCGCUGCGUAAUUCCACAACCGACGAUGAUCGACGGCCGUUCAUCUACGUGUACGAUCUGGGCCCGGCUUACACGGACAAGAUCCUACAGCUGGAGCCCGCGUGGUACUCGCACCAGUACGAUGUUGAGAAGCACAUGACGGAGCUGCUUAUAGCGAGUAACGCGGUGCGCACCGUGGAUCCGUACGAAGCGUCGCUCUUCUUCGUGCCGUUCUUCUCGGCGCGACUCACGCUGUACCAUUUCAAGGACUGGGAGAACAACAUGCGCGGCGCCGUGGAAGAGGCAUCCAAGGUGUGGACGGAAAUCCUCUCAACAGUGCGGCGGAACUAUCCCUUCUUCAACCGCACCAACGGCCGAGAUCACUUCAGCAUCCUCACGCUCGAUCACGGCCGUUGCCACUCGCUCACGUUCGUGGACCCGGGCCUCGUGGGCGAGAUGUUCUUUGUGACUUAUAACGGGGACAAACUCGUUAGGAGCGUGCACGCGAGCAAGGAGCGCAACAUGCAGGCCAUCACCUAUAAUUACAGGAUCCCUGUCUACCCGUCUCUCCCCGACAUCCCCUGCUACCUGCCGGAUCGAGACAUUGUCGUGCCCGUGCUCGUGUCCAAGGGGCUGCCGCUGGUAGCGCCGUGGGAGGGCGAGAGGGACCACGCUGUGCUGUUCCGGUUUGGAGCAGGGCAGCACCAUGGGGUGCCGAUAUGGCACCACGGGCAUCAGAUUAGGAAGGAGUUGCUGGAGCUGUACAAGCAUGCGGGGCACGAGGGGUGGGACUUUGCAGAGAAGGGCGAGGCAGACACGGAUCCUGAUUGGCGGAGAGCAGUCUUUUGCAUCUGCCCGCCCGGCCACUCCCAGUGGACCAGCCGCCCCUUCAAGGCGUUGAUAUCUGGGUGUAUCCCGGUGACUUUCUUCCGGGAGCAUGACAACCCGUGGCAGGACGAACUAGAAUACUCCUCCUUCUCCAUUAACAUCGACCCAGACAACAUCUGGCAGCUCAAGGAACGCAUCGACGCAGUCAGGAACCAGCCGGAGCUUCUGCAGAGGAUGCAGAAGAAUGUUGUUCGGGUGCAGGAAUUGUUUCGUUGGACAGGGGCCCUUGAUAGGUCGGCAGACAUGGGCGCCCUAUCCUGCGUUGGCGGUUGUGCUUUUGGAAAGUUCGAAACUGUUUGUCGUGCUUUGGACUGGGGCGGGGCGAGUGGUGUAGCGUUGUGCGGUACGGUUGUGGUGGACGCGGUGGUGGUAGUCGAUACUGUAGUUGCGCUACAAAAGCCAGCUGGUGGUUCGGUUGUCACGUUUACCGUCAUGUUCCUCAAUCCUCGUCUCGUUCCUCUCGUCAUCGCCGUGGAUGCAAUAUUUUCGAGAUCGUUCGAUUACUGUUUUUGUCCGCAUCGCACUGUUUCUUUCCAAGACCGUUCGGCAAUUUCCGAACCAGGUUCGGCCGGUGGUUCGGACGAUCGACCGUUCAUUUACGUGUACGAUUUAGGUCCGGAAUACACGGAGAAAGUCUUGGAGCUGAACCCGGCGUGGUACAACCACCAGUACGACGUGGAGCGUUACAUGACGGAGGUCAUCCGGACAAGUAACGCCGUACGUACGGACGACCCGGAGCAAGCAACGCUGUUCCUCAUCCCGUUCUUCGCGGCGCGUUACACGCUGUACUGCUUCCGGUCGUGGGAGAACAACAUGCGGCAGGCGAUUGAGGAAGGUUCCAGGAUAUGGGAGAAGCUUAUAACGAGGGUGAGGAAGGAGCACCCGUACUUCAAUCGAACCAACGGCAAAGAUCACUUUUCCUUUGGCACGCUCGAUCACGGCCGUUGCCACUCGCUCACGUUCGUGGACCCGCGGGUGUAUGGCGAAAUGUUCUUUGUAACCCUAAACGGCGACAAGCUGGUUCGCAGCAUUCAUUCCAGCCCUGGGCGAAACAUGCAGGUCAUUUCGUACAACUACGGUGCGAAGAUCACAGAUCCGACGGUCCCAGAUAUCCCGUGCUACGUGCCGAACCACGACAUCGUCGUGCCAGCGCUGGUCGCGAAUCGCCUGCCCAUCGUGCCGCCCUUUGAGUCGGAGCGCGAGAUCAAGGUGCUGUUUCGGUUCGGCGCGUCGCAGCACCACGGCGAGCCGCUGAAGCACCACAACCGCGACAUUCGGAGGGAGUUAAUCGAGACGUACAAGGACGCGGGGCACGAGGGGUGGGAUUUCGCGGAGAAGGGCGAGUAUGAGACGGACGAGGAGUGGAAGAAAAGCGUCUUCUGCAUCUGCCCGCCCGGCCACUCCCAGUGGACCAGCCGCCCCUUUAAGGCAAUCAUCGCAGGGUGUAUCCCAGUGACGUUCUUCCGAGGCCACGACAACCCCUGGGAUGAUGAGCUCGAUUACUCGACAGUCUCGGUCAACAUUGAUCCCGACGAGCUGCACACACUGAAGGAGCGGUUGGAUGCGGUUCCAAUCAAGAAGUUGCAAAGGAACAUUGAGCAGAUUCAGGAGGCUUAUCGGUGGACAGGGGUUUCCAAUAAAGGAGCAGAGGCGAUGCUAUUGAAGAGGCUGCGGCAAAGAGGGAACCAGCUCCAGGCAGUGGAGCAGCGAAGAUUACGGGCCUUGCAAUAA